AUGUCCUCUCCGCUUUCAGACGUCGAGGCCGUACUGGCCGCCGCUCAAGCAGUUGGCAAAAUCCUUGGGGAUCGCACAUACGCAAUAGUUGGAGGAGCUGGAUGCGCACUUCUAGGUUCAUCAAGAACGACGACUGAUAUCGACAUUGUUGUUCCGAGAGGUCACACACUGGAAACGAAGAAAUUAUUCAGAGACCAAGAAAGAUUCGUGGUCGAGAAGGGAACUCUGCAUACAUACUUCCAAGGCAACCCAAGAGUGGACAUCGAGAUUCUGACACCGCCGAUGUUAUUUAAAGAAGACUUCGACGCUUCGACUCCGACAGUGACGGUCGGGUCUGCGAAGGUUCUCAAGCCGGCACUUCUGCUGAACGCGAAAUGUCAUUCAAUACUGGGAAGAGGUGAAGAGAAGACCAAAAGCGAUGCACACGAUAUUGACUUUCUGCUUCGUUGGUGUCAAAAGGAGUGCUGUUUUCCCACGGUUGAGGAAUGUUCUCGAGUGAAUCGAGAUUUUGUUGAGUGGUACAUUCACAAUUUCGGCGGAGCAGAGGUCUGGAAGAACGUGGGAUUUGACUCACAGGCUGAUUAA